UAAAGCUAAAGCAAACAAGCCUAUAGCUAAGCGUCGUUACACUUUCAAAACCUCUCAGUCUCUCAUCAAAAUCCGAGAAAAAACAAAAAGAAAAAGUCUAAAGAAACUCUAAUCUAAAGAUCCGAUCGUCGUCAUCUUCACUUCUCUGGAUCUUCGCCUUUUGUUUUGUCUCUUUUGCUUUAUGUUCUGUUUCUAUAUCUUGCCCUAAAUGAAAGACAGAGGAAAGAGAACAGCAAUGGAGAGAAGAAACGACGACGUCUCGCUUCACUACAGCUCACCGUCGGAGCUCUCUUGUGGGAAACAUCCAUCGGUUUCCACUGUCGGAAUAUGUCCGUACUGUCUGAACGACCGUUUAGUUAACCUCGUAUGCUCAGGAUGCGGCGAACAGAGACUCUCUUCUUGCUCUUGCUCAGAUAUCUCUUCUAACCGAACCUCAAACGCCGCCGUAGACGCCGAGAAAGUCCUCCGGAUCGCUUCUCUCAUCGACGAAGAGGCGACGAAACAGAGGAAGCCGAAGAGAACAGAGGAAGUUGUGGUGUUCAAGAGGAGUAGUAGCAGCUGCGUUGAGAUUAACAAGACGAAGCAUCAUCAUAGAUUCUCGAGACUCGGGAGGUUCUUCAGGAGGAUUAAUCCGAGAAAGGACAGAGCUUUCGAUGAGAAGAACAACAACGACAACGAUUCUUGGGUUUUGAAACAGAGUGUUUCGAGAUCGAGAUCGCUCUGUAGCUUCCGAGGAGGAAACGGGUACCUUAUCGGGUCGGAAGAAGACGUAUCGUCUUACUCCGGCGCGAGGAGCUCGUUCUCCGCCGCGAGAAGCUCCAGCGUCAACGGCGGUUUAGGGGUUUUCGAUGCGACGAUAACAGAGCAUCGGAGGAGUAACUUCGAAGGGAGGAAGAGUAACUUCAGCGAGACGACGGAGCACCGGAGGAGUAAUUUCAGUGAACCGGAGCCGCCUCGGAGGAGCUGUUUCGAGGCGAGGAAGAGUAACUUCAGUGAAACAGAGUAUCCCAGGAAGAGUAACUUCAGCGAAACAGAGUAUAAACAGAGUAUCAAUAAUCAUCCACGUAGGAGCAAUUACGAAGCGCCGCCAAGGAAGAGUGACUCGUCGGCGAUGAGUUUCACGAGAAGGGUUUUGUCGAUGAAAGAGAGUUACUUUACCGGAGGAGAAGAGCCUGGUUUUAUAGAUCUCAAGUUUGAUUCCUCUGGAGGAGGAGAUGUAGUGGUGAACGACGGCGUUUUGGAGCAUGGAGGAGGAGGGUCUUGCCGGUUAACAAAGAAGGAUAGAGAGGUGAGUAAGAGUCGAAGAAGUUUCAAAGGAUGGAAAUGGAUAUUCGGACAUCAUCAUCUUCAUCAUCAUCAAAGAGAUUCAUGAUGAAUUGAUGAUGCUGAUGGAGAUUGAAGGAUCUGAUGAGUCUAGGCAACAUCUGUCUCCAUCUGUCGCCUCCUAUCUUAUUUGAAGAAUGUUUGAGGUGGUUAAAACCCCCUACUACAGACACUAAUAGUCUCCAAUCAUUAAGCUGAUCUUUAAAGCUGUUGUUUAUAUGGUUUGGAAAGAGAGAAAAUGCUCGGUUGCACACCAACUUGUGCAGACCUACUCAAGCCAUUAUAUCAAGUAGAUUGUGCAAUUGCGGUUAGACCCACUAUCUCUGAACAUGAAGCUCGCUAGUAGUUCUUCAUCUACUCUUUUGGGUUCUUGGUUAAGUCUUUUUUUGAGGGCAUUAUUGUUAAGUCCCUGGGUAUAGCCACUCUGGUCGUUUUUUUUUCUUUUCGUAAAGUUAGGUGGUAGAGCGUGUGAUCAAUCUUUUUUUUUGGUAUGAAAUGAAAUGAUAGAAAACAAAAUAAAAAAAAAUGUUUUUAAAAACAUAAUUCUGUCUCUUUACCACUUUAAAACAGUUCUUCAAGUUUUUAUGUUUGCACACUUUCUAACAACGAUUUUGCUUUAAAGAUUCAUUCUUACGAUUGAACUACAUUAUUAUAGGCUGAUGCCUAGGAAUAAUGUUGUAUAGUGGUCCAAACUAAAGCAAUAUAGCGAAAAUUUCCAGCCUAGGCCCAUGUUAAGCCUAAUACAAUCUUCAUAGCCGUAGCGAUGAUGAUGAUUCCAAAGACGGGUUCAGUAUAAACAUUCUGAAAUUUCAAGGGUCGAACAAACAUCAUGAAGAUGAUUUGGAGCUUCAAGGCCAGCAAAAGCUUAUCAUCGCACAAUAAUAACCCACCAGAUAUGAGAUAUAGAUAUAGCAAUUACUCCCUGAUAAAGAUAUAGAUGCUGUAACUCUUAAUGCAUGUAAACAGUGAUGAGAAAAAUGUAGUUCACUCGUUAGUAUUGAAUCUUAUGUGCUUUCCUAUGUUGGUUUGCUGCUGUAUUCUCUGCAGCGUUUGUGAUUGCAUUAGUUAUUGGUUGGAUAUAUGAGAUAUAAACAUCAUUACAUUUUUCUAAUCACUGUUUAAAUGCAUUGAGAG